AUGGACAUCGUUAUUGGUCUAGACAAGAUUGCGAAUGUCUAUAAGGUCGUCAUCGAUGCUGAUGAAUAUUUGACACCAUCCAAAGUAACCAUUCGUGUUGGACAAGGAAAAUUGAAUGAGGAGGUGAACUAUAAAAAUGCGCGAACUUCGAAAUUUCAAAAACCAGUGAUUUUGGAAUUUCAUCGAAGAGAACGAUCUGUGAGUCGUCUGGAGAGCAAGUCCAGAAACGCAUUCACUGACGCCGUCGGCCAAUACAUCUGGAUAACCAUCGAAAAACCAAUUCCAUUAUCACAAAAUCCUCAUAAUCAAAUUGAAAUCAAAAAAUUGACUGUUUUGGGAUAUCCACUUCCAGAAGAGCUUCCGAGAGGGACGCCGGUUCCAGAAUCUCCGAAAUUGGAACAAAAUGAUGAGGACGUGGCGAACUUGAAAAUGGAAAAUUUGGAAUUAGAAUCGAAAGGAGUGCCAAAGAAGGAGAAGAAAAUUGAAAGACAUAGCAUGACAGAAUCUCGAAAAGGAGUUGCUCUUAGAGAGCUCUACUGGAAAACUCUGGUUUUGGGGACCCAUUAUCCAGCGGAAUUCAAUGGAGGACGAUUUCGAACUCCGCCUGGGUAUCGACUCAUUCCCAAUGGACAUCGUUAUUGGUCUAGACAGAUUGCGAAUGUCUAUAAAGUCGUCAUCGAUGCUGAUGAAUAUUUGACACCAUCCAAAGUAACCAUUCGUGUUGGACAAGGAAAAUUGAAUGAGGAGGUGAACUAUAAAAAUGCGCGAACUUCGAAAUUUCAAAAACCAGUGAUUUUGGAAUUUCAUCGAAGAGAACGAUCUGUGAGUCGUCUGGAGAGCAAAAACGCAUUCACUGACGCCGUCGGCCAAUACAUCUGGAUAACCAUCGAAAAACCAAUUCCAUUAUCACAAAAUCCUCAUAAUCAAAUUGAAAUCAAAAAAUUGACUGUUUUGGGAUAUCCACUUCCAGAAGAGCUUCCGAGAGGGACGCCGGUUCCAGAAUCUCCGAAAUUGGAACAAAAUGAUGAGGACGUGGCGAACUUGAAAAUGGAAAAUUUGGAAUUAGAAUCGAAAGGAGUGCCAAAGAAGGAGAAGAAAAUUGAAAGACAUAGCUACGAAGGCGACGGAAUGUCAAUGAAAGAGAAGACGAAUCUCAGUGAAGACCCUCUCACCUCAAUUCGAACGAUUCGAAGAGUUUUGGAGCAAAAAAUGGAAAAAGCGAAUUUCGAUGGGAAAACAAUUCAAGCAACAGUUUGUCUUCGAGCAAUUCAAAGAAUCGAUGAAUAUGAAGCUAGAAUUGAAGAUUUGGCAACAAGAAGAAGUCGAGCGUUAGAAGCUGGAGAUUUAAAAAUGGCCGAACGUCAUCGCUUAGCAAUGAUUGACUGCCGAGAUACCGUGUUCCGAGCUGUCCACGUGGAUCUUUUGUUGGAUAGGGAUGAGGUAAGGUUCUAG